AUGUCGCCACCUCAACCCGAUGCGGCGGUCAGUCAGUCACAGAUCCAUCGACAGGCAGGAGGCAGGAAGCUGACGGGCAGCAACGAUGCGGACGCUGUGUUUUUCUGGUCUCUGGCAGUGUGUCUGGGCUCUGGAGAGUCCCAGACUCUGGCUCAGACUCCGACCGUGUCGAUGAGACCAGGAGCCACGGCCAGGCUGAAUUGUGACAUCGGAUCAAAGGAUGACAAUCGUGAGAACUGGUACAUGCAGACUCCGGGAACAAUUCCACAAUGGAUCCUAAAUGACCAUGAUUCCUGGAAUAGCCUAAACUACGCCCCUGGGAUUAGCAGUGACCGUUUCACGUCGACAGUCAACAGCGCCGGCACCGAGUAUCAGUUAAUCCUAAACAGGGUGGAGAUGAAUGACGCUGCCGUCUAUUACUGCGGAAAGUGGGCUACACGAACCAGUACUUUCGGCCGUGGGACAAAGCUCUUUGUUACAGCUCGGCAACUCCCGGACCCGUCAGUGAAACUGCUUGGGCCAUCAGCCGAGGAGAUCUCCGCUAAAGGAGCGGGCACCUUAGUUUGCCUGGUCAGUAAAUUGUCGAUCGGCUUCCCUGUCGUCAGCUGGACAGUGAACGACAGUCCGACGAGCAGUGAGGUGCAAACCAGCGGGGUGACUCAGAACGCGGACAAAACCUUCAGUCUCAGCAGCUACCUGACGGUGCCCGGCGCAGACUGGAGCAGUGGGAAGAGGUACUCCUGCUCAGUUCAACAAGGAGCAGCCUCGACAACAUCCGCAACAGUCACACAGUCCAGCUGUUAAACAGAGCGCGGCUUCGGCCUUGUUUGUUCCCGAUUAACGGGAGAUCAUAGCCUUGUAUCUUUCACCUCUACCUCUCUCACUCGCUCUUCACUGUACUUCCCUUCUGUUCCGCUCUCUGUAGUUUCCACUGUGGUGUUGGAAUAUUUGUACUCUGAUUUGAGGCGGAUUUUGUUCUUUUUCCUACUGAGAGGCUACACGGUGGUAACGCGGGCAGUUACUUCUUGAAAUUUCAGGCUGUGAAUGGUUUUCUCUGAAAUUGGGGUUGGUUUAAUUAGAAUAAUUAAUAAACGUUUUGUGAUACAUUAUCAGUAUCAGACUGACAACCGGUAAUGGUGACUAACUACCAA